AUGCCCGCCCGCAAGCGCCGUGCUGCGUCGCCGCCCGCCGAGGACGAGCCCCGCCGGCGGUCCCGGCGUGUCUCGAGCAUCCCCAAGAAGAGUAUUUACUUUGAGGGUGAUGGCGAUGGUGAUGACGAUGAAUUUGACGGAGAUGCGAGGAUUGAGAGUGAGAGCGAUGAGCUGCAGAGCGAAGGUGACGAUGAAGAAGAGGAGCAGCCCAAGAAGCGCGGACGUGGACGGCCAAAGGGUCAAGCCGCUAAACCUAAGGCUAAGCCGCAGUUCACCCCUAGCAAGUCAAAGGUCAUGAAGAGGCAAAAGGUUGAGAGGAUUGAGGAUGAUUAUAAAGAUGAGCAAACCGAAGCGGACGAGGACGAUGAAGAGGAGGAGGAAGACUACGAGGGCGAGAGAAGAGUCACUGUCAUUCCACUUGAGAAGCUUCGGGGGCUUGAUGGGCAGGAUUACUCCGACGAUACUGUUCACAAGAACACCAUGCUGUUCUUACAGGAUCUGAGAGCUCACAACCAGAGAUCAUGGCUGAAAAGCCACGACGGCGAAUACAGACGCUCACUCAAAGACUGGAACUCUUUUGUCGAGACUAUCACGCCCAAGAUCACCGAAGUGGACUUCACCAUUCCUGAAUUGCCGGCCAAGGACCUCGUCUUUCGCAUCCACCGCGAUAUUCGAUUCAGCAAGGACCCAACCCCUUACAAGGCGCACUUCUCUGCGGCUUGGUCUAGAACGGGCAAGAAGGGUCCUUACGCUUGUUACUACAUUCACCUUCAGCCAGGCUCUUGCUUCGUGGGUGGUGGAUUGUGGUGUCCCGAGGCGUCACACUUGCAGAAAUUGAGGGAGAGUAUUGAUGAGCGGCCACGUCGGUGGCGCCGGGUCUUGAAUGAUGAAAGAUUCAAGAGGACUUUUUUGCCCAAGUCCUCGAGGAAGGGUGGCGAGGAAGCGGCGUUGAAGGCGUUUGCAGAGACGAAUAAGGGGAAUGCGCUGAAGACUAAGCCCAAGGGCUACUUGGUCGAUCACCGCGACAUCGAGCUAUUGAAGUUACGCAACUUCACCAUCAGCAAAUCGAUUGGUGACCAGGUAUUCACGGACAACGAUGCUCAAGAGCAGGUUUGCCAGAUCAUCGCCGCGAUGCACCCAUUUAUUACCUUCUUAAACAGCAUUGUCAUGCCAGACUUCAACGCAGACGAUGAUGAUGACAGCGACGACGAAGAGGGCGAGAACGACGGAGCGAAUGACGAUGCCGAAGAAAAUGAAGAUGCCGAGGAGACCGGUGAUGAAGACGAGGAAGAGGGCAAGGAUUGGAGCACGCACAAGUUUUAG